AUGGAAGAUUCCCAGCUACCGUUGGUCCGGUCGGCAAGUGGUGCAUGCGACGCAUGGUCAAGGUUGGAAGACCACUUCGAGAAGAAGAGUCUUGCCAACAAGCUGUUCUUGCGCCGUCGCUUCUUCACGACAAUGAUGGAAGAAGGCGACGAUGUGCUCGAACACAUCAACAAGCUCAAGACGCUGGCGGAACAGCUAGAAGCGGUGGGGGGCUCCACUUUGGAGUCGCGCUCAGACACUCUUAGCUGGGAGCUCGUGACGUCUCGACUGCUUCAUGAAGAAAUGAAGCGGAAGGAGCAAGGAAGUAAAGGUGAUGAAGCUUCGCAAGGUCAAGCGUUCAUCACAAGGGACAAUCAGCGCAAAGGGCGACCAGUGAAGAAGUCCUGGCCGUGCCACAAUUGCGGAAAGAUUGGUCACUGGAUGGCGGAGUGCCCCUCGCGCAUCCAAGAAAACACGGAGAGACACCGGCCACAGCGUGCUCAAGACAGCGGCGACCGCUAUCGAUCACAACGUGCAAACGUCGCUCAAGAAGAAGACUCGGGCGACUACCUUUUUUCGAUCGGUGAAACGACAUCUGCAAAAUCGAGCGACAUCUGGCUGGUCGAAUCCGGGGCGACGCAGCACAUGACGUGCUCCAAGAAGUUCAUGCGGAACUACAAGGGGUUUGACGCUGUGGAUGUCCAUCUCGCGGAUGAUGGAAUCGUCAAAGCAAUCGGCAGUGGGGACAUUGUCAUGUCGAUGAAGACACCCCAAGGGAUGAAGAAAGGUGUGCUCACAAACGUGUGGCACAUCCCAAAGUUAUCCAGAAACCUGUUCUCGGUCGGCCGCUUCACCAAGGAUGUCGGCCCGGUGACGUUCACGAAGGAUGGGUGCUAUGGAGAAGCGAAAGGGACCAAGUGGAAAAUUGGUGCCCGUGAAGGUAAAGGACUGUUCAAGCUGCAAAUGACUCCAGUGGCGCCGGAACAAGCAAAUGCAGCCAAGUCGUCGGGAUGUCAAGGGGACACCACGUCGUACCUCUGGCACCUUCGACUUGGUCACAUUGGUCACGAUGGACUCAAUUGCAUCGUGACGAAGAACAUUGGAAUUGGCAUCGACAUAUCUUCGGUGAAGAAGUGGGACGUGUGUGAAGGUUGUGCUCUGGGAAAACAGACUCGAGUGCGCUUCCAAUCAAACACUACAGCUCGCACCUCCAAACUCCUCGAAGUGAUUCACAGCGACGUAUGCGGACCGAUGUCGAUGGCAACUUUCAGCGGAAAACGGUACUUCGUGACAUUCAUCGAUGACAAGUCAAGAUACUGUGUCGUCUAUCUGCUCAAGAGCAAAUCUGAAGUUGCGGCGAAGUUCAUGGAAUACGCUGCGAUGGCUGAAACGCAAACCGGAAAGCGCGUGAAGUACCUUCAAAGCGACAAUGGAGGUGAAUACAAGCCCAACAAGCUGGCACGAUUCUGCGCGGAACGGGGAAUACAACAAAGGUUCACACCCCCAUAUACUCCUCAGCUAAACGGAGUAGCUGAGAGAAUGAAUCGCACGCUGGUCGAGUGUGCGCGUUGCAUGAUGGAACACGCUGGACUGGGAAAGAGCUACUGGGGUGAAGCAGUGAUGACGGCGAUGUUUCUUCGAAACCGCUGUCCAACACGUGCCAUUCACCAAGACAAGUCUCCAUAUCAAGUGUAG